AUGAAACUCUCAUCAUCUAGCAAUCCUUCAAUAGCCGAGGGUGGGUCUAGAACAUCUGAAACCCAGAAGGAUCCACGGUCUGUUGGGGCUAUUGCAGGACUUGCUGUUGCAAUUAUCUUUACAUGUAGGUUGAUGAGAUCGCCUUCACCACCUCCAAGAAGGCAACCGAAACGUCAAGCUCCAACAACUAGUAACACUGCUAUCAGUACCCAGUCGAAUAUCCUUCUGGAAGUUUUUCCAGCCAGUAAAGAUUUAUCUUUGUCAAUUAGAUUUGUUUGUUUGCAAUUCAUCUCUCUUCUGCGGCCAACAUUGGGGCAAAUAGUUAGGCAGAAACUGAAUGAAGGUAGAAAGGUAACUUGUCGUUUACUUGGAGUGGUCCUUGAGGAAAGCAGUCCACAGGAGCUGCUGAAACAAGCAACUGUAGCGUCCUCUGUGUUGGAUGUGCAAUUGGAGAUUACCAAAUUUUGUGAUAUUUAUCUCAUGGAGAGAGUUAUUGAUGAUGAAAGCGAAAAAAAUGUUCUAUUAGCCUUGGAAAAUGCAGGGAUCUUCACCUCUGGGGGUUUGGUGAAGGACAAGGUUCUCUUUUGUAGUACAGAGAAUGGAAGGACAUCUUUUGUUCGGCAACUAGAACCGGAUUGGCAUAUCGACACAAAUCCUGAAAUAGUUUCCCAGUUAGCGAGGUUCAUCAAACAUCAGCUCCACAUAUCCCCCGUCAAAACUGAAUGGACUGCGGGUAAGGUGUUCAGUUCACCAUCCUUGGAACUCUUCUUCGGAUGUGUUAGACACGCGAACUGGUAA